AUGGGUAAAGAUUCUGACUCUUUUCAUAAGAAUGCUGUAAGGGCCUGUGACGACUUGAUGAAGCAACCCCAACAUAUACAGAAUGUUGUUGAAAAUUAUACUUCAAAACAAAUUGCAGACAACCGUCUUCGAGUCAAAACUUCAAUUGAAGCAGUUCAAUGGCUUGCAUUUCAAGGUUGUGCUUUUAGAGGUCAUGAUGAAAGUGUUGAUUCAAUCAAUCCUGGUAAUUUUGUGAAACUCUUAGAAUUGUUGGCUUCAUAUAAUGAAAAAGUUGCUGAAGAUAUAUUACAGAAUGCUCCAAGAAAUGCUUCUUACACGUCGCCAAAGAUUCAAAAACAAAUGUUACAAGCAUUUUCAGUAAGAGUAAAAAAGGCCAUUCGGGAAGAAAUUGAUAAUUCAAAAUUUUGCAUAAUUGUUGAUGAAGUUCAUGAUGAGUCAAAGAAAGAGCAAAUGGCUAUAGUAUUGAGAUUUGUUGACAAAGAUGGUUUUAUUCGGGAGCCUUUUUUUGGACUUGUUCAUGUAUCGGACACCAAGGCAUCGACAUUGCAAAAGGCAAUAUAUUCAGUCUUAUCAAAUCACAAUUUAGAUAUCCAAAAUAUUCGAGGCCAAGGACACGAUGGUGCAAGUAAUAUGGGAGGUGAGUGGAAUGGGCUACAAGCUUUGAUUUUGAAGGAUUGUCCGUAUGCUUACUAUGUUCAUUGUUUAGCACAUAGAUUGCAAUUGGCUUUAGUAGCAGCAUCGAGAGAAGUUAUUCCUAUCCAAAAGUUUUUUACUAAAUUGACUUUUAUUGUCAAUAUUCUCGGUGCUUCAUGCAAGCGUAACGAUGAAUUUCAAAGCGCUCAAGUAGAAGAGAUUGCAUAUUUGACUUCAAUUGAUGAACUUGAGACCGGAAGAGGACUUAACCAAAUUGGAACCUUGCAGUGUACUAGAGAUACUCGUUGGAGUUCGCACUUCAAAUCUAUUUCUAGUUUGAGACAAAGAUUUAGCCUAACUUGUCAGGUUCUUUUGAACAUAAUUGAGGAAGGGAAGCGUCCUCAAGCAGGAGAUGCAGAUUUAGCUUAUGAGUCAAUGACAUUGUAUCAAUUUGUCUUCAUCUUCAUGGAAGAAAUUAUGGAGAAUACUAAUGAACUUUGUCUAGCUUUGCAAAGUCAAUCUCAAGACAUUUUGAAUGCCAUGAGUCUUGUGUCCUCUACUAAAACAUUCAUUCAAAAGUUGAGAGAUGAUGGAUGGGAUACUUUAUUUGCUAAGGUAAAUUCUUUUUGUGAGGCACGUAACAUAGAUAUCCCAGAUAUGAAUGCUCGUUAUGUUGGAAGAGGAGGUCGAGCUCGUCACCAACAAGAUGAUUGGACAAUUCAACAUUAUUACCAGGUAGAUAUAUUUUAUGCUGUCAUAGAUUCUCAAUUGCAAGAAUUAAGUAAUCGGUUUAAUGAGCAUGCUGUAGAGCUACUUACUCUUAGUUCAGCUUUGGAUCCUAUUGAAAUAAGCAAGUGUUUUAAGAUUGAUGCCAUAUGUCAGUUGGUAGAAAAAUUCUAUCCACAUGACUUUGCAGAUCAUGAGAAGCUGCAACUCAAGAAACAUCUUGAAUUUUUUGAGUAUGAUGUGGUUAAAGAUCAAGAGUUCAAAAGUAUUUCAACUAUUUCUGAUUUAUCUCAGUGGUUAGUAAGAACUAAAAGAUCAACAAGGUAUCCGCUUGUUUAUAGAGUGAUUGUGCUUGUGAUUACUCUUCCAGUGUCUACAGCAACUACAGAGUGA